AUGGAACUCGAUGGUAGAAGACACUUUAUGAGCAUGAAAUUCUACCAUGUUUCUAGAAUUGGGGUGAUCAGAGAAUUUUACUAUUUGCUAUCUGCUUUGGUAGAAAAGUGGAGGCAGGAGACUCACAUUUUUGUAUUGCCGAUGGGCGAGGUUACCGUAACAUUGAAAGAUGUCGCUCAUAUAUUAUUUGGCCUACCCAUUGAUGGACAACUUGUGAGCGACUGGAUAGAUAGAAGUGAUAAGUCGAUGGUAUAUGCCCACGCGAAGUAUCUACCGUUGUUCCGCGAUUUUGACUGGAUCCACACUUACAAUUUGGGAUCAGCAUGCCUCGCGCAUCUUUACAGGGUACUAUUCCGUGUAUCACAGUAUUAUACUAAGGAGAUGGACAGCCCUCUUAAUCUUUUGUUUGUUUGGACAUGGAAGCGAAUGCCGUAUAUUGCACCCGAACAAAGACAGUACCUUCUAGUGGCUGACGUACCAGUUGCUUGGAGGUGGAGUCAUUCCGAACAAACCGUAGCGUGGUUAUCGAAGACCAUGGCGACAUUUAGGCAAGAAAUAGACUACAUGAAAGAGCUGUGA